AUGAUGCUAGUCACCUUGAUAGUGUGCUUCGCAGCUGUUGUCAGCUGGUAUGCUUGCGGCGCUCUCUCCGCGCAGCAGCCAGAAGACGCAGAAAAGGGGGAUCAUACUGGGAAACGAAAGGUGUUCCGACCUGCCAGCAAGCAAGAUUCUAUGAAUCCCCCGCCCAAGGAGGGUUCUGACAUUGUGGGAGGUGUAGACCUCAGGCUCGCAGCCUUAGCUGGAUCGGUAGACGACGUGUACUACGCAAGUGUAUGGACAAAGAUUUUCAACCAAAUGAGUUCAUUGCGCUCGUGGCCGCGGUGGUGGUUUACUCCUUCACCUUCCAAGUUGGCGUCGGUGGGCACGUCGCAGGAGAGCCUGAGGGACUGGAGGAGAGGCAUUUUCAAGCCUGUGCGUGCGUAUCGUGCGACUUCUCUGCGGCGGGGCUUGGAGGCAACGGCGGCGCUGCCAGCGGGCUUGGAGGCAACGGCGGCGCUGCCAGCGGGCUUGGAGGCAACGGCGGCGCUGCCAGCGGGCUUGGAGGCAAGGGACGAUGAGAACCAUGUCGGCUACGAUGCUCCAGCGCAUCCGCUUUCCGCUUCAUUUUUUCCCGCACAAGUGUACGCAGCAAUUUCUUCCUGUGCACAGUAUCUCUCAAAAGGACUCCGAGGCGUAAGUCCUCCGGGAGUCGGAGACGCGGAGGCGGCUGACGGGGGGUUGUCCGACUCAGCUGUAACGGCUCGUUUGAUGGAGGCGGCGCCCCGGUGGAGGGCUCCCGAGACUUUUCAUGUCGCCACGAGAGAGGCCCCUGCCGCUCCCGCCCGUUACCAGCCAGGCGGCGCCUACUAG